GCCGGGAAACGAUGGCGAAGGCGAAGGGCCAGAAGGGCUCUGCCGGAGGAGCACAGGGCCAUCUUUUCGCGAGAAUAUCAUAUCUGUACAAGGCUUCCCUUUUGUUCCAGUCUGCUCACGAUCCUGCUUCGUUGAGCAAGCUACAACAUGCAGAGAGGGAUCCAAUCGGCUCGCUACGUGCAGGGAACAUGGAAAGCCUUUCCAUCGCUCGUGCCCCAGAGUCGCUAGACCAACCCGCAGCGCCAGAUUUGCCCGCCAACAUCAUCGGUCGCCCGUCACAUCUGGCUCGUCAAUAUGCCUCCCAGCUUCGAGCCACUUCGUUGAAAUCUCAGCAAAAAUUACCCCGAGGCGUCAAACACACAUUAUGCAAACGAUGUGAUACUAUACUGGUACCUGGGUCGACUUGUUCGAAAGAGAUUGAGAACAAGAGUCGUGGUGGGACAAAGCCAUGGGCGGAUGUUCUCGUUGUCAAGUGCGGCGUUUGCGGAACUGUAAAGCGGUACCCUCAAGUUAAGAAGAGAACCAUGAAACUUGUCGAUCGCCGACGACAUGCAGAUGAUGCAGCCAAAACAGAAGUUGCUGCAGGCUGAAGGCACGGUGGAAACUUUGCCACGGCCGUCUUCGUUCUCGGAACCUUUGCGUUUCUUUUCUUUUUCCUUUCUUCCUUUUUUUUUGUUUGUGGGAGGGGGAAGGGGGGAAGGCGAGGACCGUUGCCUAGGUGCUCUGCCUGAAGUCUGGCGCUGGGUCCAGGCGACUUGGGACAGUAUGUUCCUAGGUGGUGCACAGGAGCAACAAAUAGGGCGAGUAAGCGGUCGCUCAGACUUAAAAUUAGCAGGCGACUCCGAAUUCUCUACCAAAUUUCUCUCUUUAUGCUUUGCUCUCUACAGCUAUAAUGCGAAAUGGGAGACUUGCAGUCCGAGGCACGAAUGAUACAACUAUUUCGAAUGAGAGUUGUUUUCAGAUGUGGAAGGAUGCCGAUUCACCUGACGUUUCGAAAGGAUUGCGUCACGGUAUGCGCAUUGCGUACAACUGUGCAAAGUUGAAUUUUCUUUACUCGAUCUUGCUAUGGCUUCGAUCUCAGGAUGGUAUCCCGAUUUCCAUAUAUACUACACGGGCUGAAGGGGAGCUAGACCAGACAUUAUCAAAUAUUUCAUUAAAUGUUUUUGCAAUGUUAAAUAGCAUAUAAAAAAAAAAAAUGCUGUCUGAAAA